AGCGAGACGGCGGUGAGUCAAGUUGUGUAUGAGGUUCUCGUGAAGUGUGACUCGUUUCCUUGUCGUGUGGUUACUGGUGGUAUUUCUCUGUGUCUGCGACCCGUGUUGUUAUUGCAGCAAAAUAGACCAAAGAGAGAAAUUGGCACCUCAGACAUGCACUUACUUGUUGGUGUUGGAACAAUACCUCAUGUGCUGAGACUGAAGCAAGACAUACCUCACCCUCGCUCGUCACACAACCUCGUGUAGUGCGCGCUUGUAUCUAUUUGUCCUCUCAUCACAGGCGGGCGCCGCAAGGUGUGAAACGCUUCCUGCACCCUGACUGGAAGCUUGGCCUGGAGCAGAGCAAAGCAGCCUCCCGGACCGUGCCUGCGGUGAAGGUGACGCGGAGCUGGGACCCGCCAGGUGUGUGUGGCUCUCUGAGACUGCCCACUCUCACACACCACUGGGAAAUAACUGUGAAGCCUUUGUGCAUUAAAAGGAAUGCGUUUCCAAGUUUAAACACUUUGUUGCAGCGAGGUUUCGACAAGUUUUAUGGGUAAAUAUAAAGGCUGUACACACAUGCACAUGCUUGUGCUGUUAAGAGUGAAAUGACCAUCGUACAUUCUUGAAAUCACCGUCAAUUAUUAAAUUAUAUUGAUUGAUAUAACAACUUUUCGUUGAAUAGAAACUAAUGAAGGCAAUAAUAACCCGAAGAACGAGUAAUUCAUAAGUGACAAUAGUGAAAAUUUCGAUAUUGCAAUCAUAUUUCAGUAGUCAGUGUGAAGCAAGCAAGCAUGUGUGUAACAAUGUAGACAGCCGUCAGGAAUGUUGGAAAAUGUUUUGGAAGAAAACAGGAGAGACAAGAAAAGUGAGUUGGUGGGUGAUGGGGGAGCAAGAGGAGGGCGUGGGAGGCCCCAGUGCCCUGCCCGGCCCGCCACCCUCUCCUCGGCACAUACCGCCCGUCAUACAUAAGCACGUGAAACAUGAAAUGGCGGCAUUCACGUGUGUCCUUUUCAUCCUCUUUUGUACAGGGGAGGGCCACGUCCAGGAGGGCCGCGGGCAGCACCUACAGUACCGCUCCGCCACACUACCCUCGCCCUCGCCACCCCAGCUGGAUCCCUCACACUCCGCGGACGUCACUGCCCUGGCUGGCAAGACGGCAAUCCUCAACUGUCGCGUGCACAACGUCAACAACAAAACGGUGUCUUGGGUUCGGCAUCGCGACAUACAUUUGCUGACGGUGGGCCGCUACACCUACACGUCCGAUCAGCGGUUCCGGGCACUGCACGAGGACGACUCCGACGACUGGCUGCUCAAGAUAAACUACGUGCAGCCUCGUGACUCCGGCGUGUACGAGUGCCAGGUCUCCACUACACCCCCGAUGUCACAUUUCAUUCGUCUCAGAGUCGUAGAGCCUCACACACAUAUACUGGGCGGGCCUGACCUGCACGUGAACACAGGCUCCACCAUCAACCUGACCUGCCUGGUGGAGUACAGCCCAGAGCCGCCAGACUUCAUCUUCUGGAGCCACAACAACAAGAUAAUCAGUUACGACUCGAGCCGCGGCGGAGUAACAGUAAUCCUGGAGAAGGGUGACCUCACCACCAGUACUCUACUCAUCCAGAAGGCAAGAGGCUCUGAUUCCGGCCACUACGACUGCAGCCCAUCUAACGCCGCCCCAGCAAACGUCACUGUGCAUGUUCUAAAUGGAGAGCAUCCGGCGGCGAUGCAGCACGGCGGACAGAGUGCGUACACUAACUCUUCUCUCGGCAACAUCAUCUUCCUUCUGGUACUGAUAGCAGUCCUGCAGACCACUGUCAAGUAGUACAGCGGACCACAGUGAUACUUGUUGUCUAGCUACGUAACUGUGACUCUUGGAAGAUCGAGAAUGUUCCAGUGUUGCUCUGCAAGGCCACAGACCACACUGGCUGCACCCGCCUUCAACCACCACCAACCACCACCUUCCACACCACUAAACACACACACACACACACACACACACACACACUCACACACACGACAAGAGAGAGAGUAGGUCGGAGUCAUUUAUUCAUAAUACUUAUCAAUUAACCGCGAUUUUAGAUUAAGUAGAUUUACUUCUAGUGAUUUCUUUAGGCCCGCAUUCUUUGUCUUUGUUUCUCUUUUUUAUUCAUUACUUCAUCAUCAAAUUUUGUGUGAAUUCAUCACAAACUGUCAUGUUUCCCAGCACUGAUGAAGGGAACACUUCUGCUUUUGAAGUUUGGUAACCUCAGGCAGCUGGACAGCACUCCCCUGCGCCCUCUACCAGGGAGUGGAACGACCAACUCCGGGCGUUCAUUUGACGCCGUGAGGGACACAAACAGUGGUUUCUCUUGAUCGAAACUUCCUAUGUGACAAAAUAUCACAAUUUUAUGAUCAUUACCAAUAGAAAAACAAGUUAUUCUGUAUUUCACUCGUUAAAAGGAACUCGACACAAGGAAGACUUCCAGUAACCACCCUGCUCAUUCCUCCAGCUCCCAAGACAUGGCAGUCCCCAUCCAUCACACUGCUAUUCCUCAUCCUUCAAAAAUGAAUAUUGAUGAAUAGAUACUCAUCGGUAACGCCCGCCUGUAUUCAUCGUAUCCAGUGUGAAUUCAGUGACUGCUUGACCUCACAAGUUUUGGUCUAUCUAUUAACCACACAAAUACCACAAAUACCACAAAAAUGCUGCAAGGCGCCGGUAGCACAGACACCCGUGGCACGUUCGCCUUGUGGUCUUUCAGGUACAAAUCUCCAGCAUACUUGGUGCUGAAAGAAAGCAGCUCACCAUCGGGGCAUUUACAAUACAGUAUAUUUCAUUGGUGAAUAUUCAUAGUCAGUAAAAAUUGUUAAUCGUAAGUGUGUGUGUGUGUGUGUGUGUGUGUGUGUGUGUGUGUGUGUGUGUGUGUGUGUGUGUGUGUGUGUGUGUGUGUGUUUCACCUCUUUUU